AUGAGGAGGAUCCAAUCAGGAAACGCAAACAAGGUCAAGUUAGGGCGUAAGAGUUAUCUAAGUCCAGAACAUGAACGAAGGUUGGUAGAUUAUAUCAAAAAAAUGGAGAAGAUGGGUUUUGCGUUAACACCUGUAGACGUAAAAAAGAUUGCGUACUCUUUUGCCAUCUGUAAUAACAUAGAAUAUAAUUUUAAUCCGGAGAAAAAAGAAGCUGGCCAUGACUAG